GAUGAUGGAGAAGGAACCGGAUUCAAUGGCAGUUACGAUGAAGCAGGAUUAUGCUGCUAGUGAAGUGUACAGCACCACCAGUGAAGCACCACCCGCCUACAAAAUGCGCCAAGCAAACUCGGUGAAGAUCGCCAAGAUCAUCGCUAUCACCGUGGUGCUGUCGUCCUUCAUUCUGGGAUCGUUCAUCCUCGCCUCAUCAUAUCUGCAGGCGAAGCAGUCCUGCGAUCAAAUGCAGGCUCUCGAUGCCGUUCUCAACAAGGAGCUGAUGCUGGAAGCUAUGCAGCAGGAAUUGCCAAAGGCGCAGGCUUUGAUGCAGGACAACUUAUCGGCCGACGAAAGCAACCUGCAGACGAUCGAUCGUGAGGAAAGCAAGAAGCGAAAGCAGGAGGAGUCCCACAAACACCACAAGGAAGAUUCGGAUGAAUCGGGAGACUCUGAGGAUGAGGACGAUUCGUCGAACGAUGGUGAAAGCGAUGAGUCGAUUGAUAUGAACAACCGUCACCGGGUCAACCUGCCAUUGGACCUGCAUCUGACCGAUCUGGCUAGCGCUAUUCUUCGGGAAAACCAGAAGUCCCGCAUGAAUUGCAUCGUUGAGCGACGCCGUUCUGAGGAGUUGGUCGAUUCGCCACCGAAAAUGAUGCGCCUUCCGUUCGGAAUGGAGCUGACCGCUGACCCGAAGCAGCAGAAGGUUACUGGUGAGCGUAUUGCCAUCUUCUGCGAAUCUGGCAACGAACUGAAGAACGAAGAUGCUGAACCUGUCCGCCAAGUCCUGAUCCCGAUCCCACCGGUUCGUUCUUUCGGUCCAAUCACUCACCUGCCGCAGCAGAUGGGACCUCCCCAGCAGACCAUCAUCCGCCAGAUGCCGCGACCAAUCUUCCCGCUGCCCAUGAUGAACCCGCACCACCAGCAGCCACAGCAACCACAGCAGCAACUUCCCCCAAUCCCGGCCCAGAUGAUGCAGGCCCCACACCCUGACGCACCGAUGGGUCGCCCGAACUUCCAUCCGUUCCUUCAGCAGCUGCCCCAGAUCAUGGCCGCCCAGAUGCAGCAGCAGUCGGCACCUCAGCCUCAGCCCGCUAUGCCGCCACGUACCGAGGUGCGCAUCCAUCUGCAGCGUAUACCGAUCCCGGAGAUUAUGCGCCCAUUCUUGCCGCCCCAGAUCAUGCGCAAUCAGCCAGAACCGGAACAGCAACAGCAGCAGCAACAGCCAGCUCCCCAGCCACCUCAGCAACAGGAGGUUCAGAUCCGCGAAAUGCCGAUCGAUAUGGCGAUCCACAAGUUCCCAAUGGCGUCGUCGGACGAAAUGAAUGUGGCCGACUUUGCUGCCCAAAAGUUCACUGAACAGCUGCGCUCGCUCAUUGCCCGUAUUGCUGAGUCGGAGGAAAGCGAGGAAGAAACUGACUCCUAUCGUAACGUGCCGGAUCAGGAAGGACCAUCGCCCCAUUCGGAUGAGCGUGAGCUGCAGGAACAGCAACCACCACGCCCGACCGAGCCGGAAAUGGCACGCCAGGAAGAGCAGGAACAGCAGCAGCCAGAGCAGCAGGUGGCGCAACAGCAACCACAGCCGCUGCCACAACAGCAACCCGAACCGCAACCAAUGCUGCCGAUGGGACGAAUCCACUACGGUCGCAGUCUGCUGACGCCAAUCAGCUUGCCUGGAAAGGUUGUGGAAACUUCCGCCUCCGAGGAGGACGCUGUCCGUCCACACUAUGUCCAACCACGAUCGGUUUAAAUCGAUAGUAAGGACGGGUUUACCAUCAGCAAGGGUAAUCCCUUACCACUCUGCAACACCCUAUGGGCUUGUUUUCUCUUCUUCUCUUCCAUUUUUUGUUUAUGUGCUCCCCAAAAACCACAUACAAACACAAAUUAAGAUGUGAUUUUAAAAUGGCAGAAUUACCACGC